AUGGCAUACCCUAUGUAUGAAGUGGAUUGGAGUGUUUUGCCUCCAGAACAAAAUCGAAGGUUCAACCCAGCAUUCAAUAUUGCCACGAUAAAACAAGUGGUAAAUGAGGCAAUUGAGAGAGUGCGCAUGCAGACCCCCACUCGUCUCCGGGACCUCAUUCGUCAGAUAAGAGCAGCUAGAACGGCUGCAGAGGAACGUAGCGUUGUGAAUAAAGAGUGUGCAUACAUCAGGUCUACGUUUAGAGAGGAAGAUAGUGUUUGGAGAUGUCGGAACAUAGCGAAGCUUCUCUACAUCCAUAUGCUGGGUUAUCCAGCACACUUUGGACAGUUGGAGUGUCUCAAGCUCAUAGCCAGCACCCGUUUCACAGACAAGAGGGUCGGCUAUCUUGGAGCUAUGUUGCUACUCGAUGAACGUCAAGAUGUACAUCUGCUGAUUACCAACUGUUUGAAGAAUGACCUGAACAGCAAUACACAAUUCGUAGUGGGUCUUGCCCUAUGUACCCUGGGGGCAAUCGCCUCUCCAGAGAUGGCACGAGACUUGGCUUCAGAGGUGGAGAGGCUGAUCAAGUCACCGAACGCAUACAUCAAGAAGAAAGCCGCCUUGUGUGCCUUUAGAAUAAUAAGAAGGGUGCCGGACUUAAUGGAGAUGUUUCUACCGGCGACACGGAGUCUACUCACGGAAAAGAAUCACGGAGUCCUCAUUACCGGCGUGACGCUCAUCACUGAGAUGUGUGAGAACAGUCCAGACACGCUCAAUCACUUCAAAAAGAUCGUACCAAAUCUGGUGAGGAUAUUGAAGAAUUUGAUACUGGCGGGAUAUUCCCCGGAGCAUGACGUCAGCGGCGUGUCUGAUCCAUUCUUACAGGUCAAGAUACUCCGUCUGUUACGUAUACUUGGAAAAAAUGACGCUGAGGCUUCCGAAGCUAUGAACGAUAUAUUAGCACAAGUGGCGACGAAUACCGAAACAAGCAAAAACGUCGGCAACACCAUAUUAUACGAAACUGUGCUCUCAAUAAUGGACAUUAAGUCUGAAAGUAGCUUGCGGGUGCUGGCCGUCAAUAUACUGGGGAGAUUCCUGCUCAAUAACGAUAAGAAUAUACGCUACGUGGCCUUGAAUACACUUCUGAGGACUGUACAUGUUGAUACAUCGGCGGUACAAAGACAUAGGACCACUAUAUUGGAAUGCUUGAAGGACCCGGACGUGUCGAUCCGCCGCCGCGCCAUGGAGCUGUCCUUCGCCCUCAUCAACAGUCAGAACAUCCGCGCCAUGAUGAAGGAGCUGCUGUCGUUCCUGGAGCGCUCGGACGCGGAGUUCAAGGCGCACUGCUCCAGCGCUAUGGUGCUGGCCGCGGAGAGACACGCGCCCUCCAGCAGGUGGCACCUGGACACGCUGUUCCAGGUGCUGCUCAAGGCGGGUAACUAUCUCCGUGACGACACCGUGUCCAACACUAUCCAGAUAGUGUCCUCGGCGCCGAGCGAGCGUCAGGCCUACGCCGCUAUGAGGCUGUGGACCUCGCUGGAACGAUCGGCGACCGCCGCCGACGCUACGGAGAGACAGCCGCUGAUCCAGGUUGCUGCGUGGACCAUCGGUGAAUAUGGAGACAUGUUGGUGUCUGAAGCCAGUAACUCUAUAUCAAUGGUGGAUGACGACGGAGUUGAUGACUUCACGCGGCCGUCCGAGGAGUACGUGAUCGAUAUAUACCAGAAGCUGUUGUGGUCCACGCAGCUGUCUAUAACGACCAAGGAGUAUCUGUUGCUGUCACUGGCCAAGCUGUCCACGAGGUUCACCACGCAACCCAGUCAGGAUAAAAUCCGUGUAAUAAUCGACACUUUCGGUUCACACAUUCACAUCGAGUUACAACAGAGAGGAGUGGAGCUGUCUCAACUAUACAAACAAUACGCCCACUUACGGCCGGCGUUGUUGGAACGAAUGCCGGCGAUGGAAACGAACGUCGUUAGAGAAGAUAAUGAUGAGGAGCUCGCGACGAACACACAGACACACGAACAACCCGCGCACGAACAGGACGCGCUGCUAGACCUCAUCAUCGGUUCAGAGCCUCUGUCGAACGGCGACGUGGAACAUCAACCACAAGUUACUACCAACAAUAACUCCAAUACUAAUGACAUUCUGGAUCUUCUGAGCGGUCUAGACCUGUCCAGCAGUACACCGGUCAGUGUCUCCAAUAAUAAUGUAUCAACGGCUCCCUCACUCCUACUGGACGGAUUGUUCUCACCCGCAGCGGCCACACCACAAGAAACGGUGGUCAAAGCGUUAGAUCGUGGCGGCGUGUCGGUGCAGCUGGUGGUGUGUGGCGGUGACGGGAGCGCGACCCUCACCAUGAAGGCCAGCUCGCACCAUCACAACACCAUCACCGACUUCCUGUUCCAGGCCGCUGUGCCCAGGACAUUCCGGUUGGACAUGAUGUCUCCAUCAGGGACGGUUCUGACGCCGCAGGGAGAAAUAACACAAGUCCUUAAGAUCACCAAUCCAUCCAAGACACCACUUCGUUUGAGAAUAAGAGUGUCCUACACGAUAGACGGCAACCCUAUCUUGGAACAGGCAGAAGUGAAUAGCUUCCCACCCGACCUAUUCAACUGA